AAUUGGGAGAAAUUCGUUAUCGAAAAUUCAUAUAGCAAUCGGAAUUUUCCGAAACAUCGCACAAACCUUGAACGUUCAGUUUACAAAAUGCAUUUCAAAGUUUUUGUUGUGAUAUUCGUCUUCAAUAUUGCUGCUUUAACUGCUCAGCACGUUAAAUGCUAUAAAUGUGUUGUCACCGUCAACACUCCGGAUUAUGUGGAGUGCAAAACAUUAAGCAAUGUCAAACAAACUGCUUGUCCCAACGGGUCUACAGGAUGUGCUGUUGUCAGAGAUCAUCCCAAAGGAAAAUACGCUGAGUUUAGAAGGGAAUGUAUUGGAAAAACCUCCAACUAUUGUGAAACGAAAAAGAAGAACGAUACAGAUCCGAAAUAUUUCAGCUGUUCAACAUGUCAUGGGGAUGGGUGCAAUAAAAUUCUAUUGAAAUAACUGUCAUUGAUGUUUUCAAACUUUUCAUGGACAAACCAAUCCAAUAAGAAAGUUUUCAUUUCCACACAUCAGAGGAUUAGAUGCGAAAUAUACAUUUACUUGAUCAAUAAAUGUAUUUAAAAUAAACGGAUUGAGGUAAAAUAUCAA